AUGACAUAUAAUUGUGAUGAUAUGAGCUGUAAUUGUGAUAUGACAUAUAAUUGUGAUGAUAUGAGCUGUAAUUGUGAUAUGACAUCAAUUACAGCUCCUAUCAUCACAGUUACACGUCAUACCACAAUUACAGCUCCUAUCAUCACAGUUACACGUCAUACCACAAUUACAGCUCCUAUCAUCACAGUUACACGUCAUACCACAAUUACAGCUCCUAUCAUCACAGUUACACGUCAUACCACAAUUACAGCUCCUAUCAUCACAAUUACACGUCAUACCACAAUUACAGCUCCUAUCAUCACAAUUACACGUCAUACCACAAUUACAGCUCAUAUCAUCACAAUUACAGCUCAUAUCAUCACAAUUACAGCUCAUAUCAUCACAAUUACAGCUCAUAUCAUCACAAUUACAGCUCAUAUCAUCACAAUUACAUGUCAUAUCACAAUUACAGCUCAUAUCAUCACAAUUAUUGGUAUGACGUGUAACUGUGAUGAUAGGAGCUGUAAUUGUGAUGGUAUGACGUGUAACUGUGAUGAUAGGAGCUGUAAUUGUGAUGGUAUGACGUGUAACUGUGAUGAUAUGAGCUGUAAUUGUGUUGAUAUGACAUGUAAUUUGCCUAGAUUGCUAAGAAUUAGUAUUAAUCAGUAUUCUUCUAUAUGUAGUGUAUUUCAGACAAGUGCCUUGUAA